AUGACGGUUCUCAACAUAAUUCAGAUUCUGGUCUCAAUUCUGCUGGUGAUUAUUAUCCUGAUGCAGGUGAAAGGACAGGGCACCGGGCUGUUUGGCGCGGCUGACAACUCGUUCAGGACCCGGCGCGGCAUCGAGCUCCAACUACUCAGAUUCACCGUUGCGCUCAUUGUCGUGUUCCUUGGGCUCUCGAUAGCGAGCGCGCGACUCUUCUAG